GUUCCCUUCUUCCUUUUACCCUGUCUCUUCUUCUACUCUCCCCUCUUCUCUUCUUCUCCCUCUAAACCCUUUUCAAUCUAACUCCAUCUUCUCGUAAUCUGGAAACAGUUGGUUCUUCCUGCUGUACAUAUAUCCUCUGCGCCUCCCACUUCCCUUUCCACUAACUCAUCCCUUCUGCUUCUCUUCCCAACCACACCUAUCCUCCUCCCCCCACCCCACAAUUUCAUCAUGGCCGACAAAGCUGUUGCUGAUUUCGGUCUCAUCGGUCUGGCCGUUAUGGGUCAGAACCUGAUCCUUAACGCCGCUGACCACGGUUUCACUGUCUGCGCCUACAACCGUACGACCUCCAAGGUCGACCGCUUCUUGGAGAACGAGGCCAAGGGCAAGUCCAUCGUUGGUGCUCACUCCGUCGAGGAGUUCUGCGCUAAGCUCAAGCGUCCCCGCCGCAUCAUGCUCCUGGUCAUGGCUGGAAAGCCCGUCGACCAGUUCAUCGAGUCUCUCCUGCCCCACCUUGAGGAGGGUGAUAUCAUCAUCGAUGGUGGUAACUCUCACUUCCCCGACAGCAACCGCCGCACCAAGUACCUGUCCGAGAAGGGCAUCCGCUUCGUCGGCAGCGGUGUCUCCGGUGGUGAGGAGGGUGCCCGUUACGGUCCCUCUUUGAUGCCCGGUGGAAACGAGGAGGCCUGGCCCUACAUCAAGGAUGUCUUCCAGAGCAUCUCUGCCAAGAGCGACGGUGAAGCCUGCUGCGACUGGGUCGGUGACGAGGGCGCUGGUCACUUCGUCAAGAUGGUCCACAACGGUAUCGAGUACGGUGACAUGCAGCUCAUCUGCGAGGCUUACGACAUCCUCAAGCGCGGUCUGGGUCUCAAGGGUAAGGAGAUCGCCGAUGUUUUCGCCGAGUGGAACAAGGGUGUCUUGGACUCCUUCCUCAUUGAGAUCACCCGUGACAUCCUCUACUUCAACGAUGAUGAUGGAACUCCCCUCGUCGAGAAGAUCCUCGACAAGGCUGGUCAGAAGGGUACCGGCAAGUGGACCGCUGUCAACGCUCUCGACCUUGGCAUGCCCGUCACCCUGAUCGGUGAGGCCGUCUUCUCUCGUUGCUUGUCUGCCAUCAAGGACGAGCGCAUUCGCGCCAGCGGCCUCCUUAGCGGCCCUACCCCUGAAUUUGACGGUGACAAGCAGGCUUUCAUCAAGGACCUCGAGCAGGCCUUGUAUGCCUCUAAGAUCAUCUCCUACGCCCAGGGCUUCAUGCUCAUCCAGGAGGCUGCUCGCGAGUACGGCUGGAAGCUGAACAAGCCCUCCAUUGCCCUCAUGUGGCGUGGUGGUUGCAUCAUCCGCUCUGUCUUCCUCAAGGACAUCACCAACGCUUACCGCAAGAACCCCGACCUUGAGAACCUUCUCUUCGACGACUUCUUCAACAAGGCCAUCCACAACGCUCAGAAGGGCUGGAGAAACGUUGUCAGCAAGGGUGCUCUCUGGGGUAUCCCCACCCCAGCUUUCAGCACUGCCCUCAGCUUCUUCGACGGCUACCGCACCCGGGAUCUCCCCGCCAACUUGCUGCAGGCCCAGCGUGACUACUUCGGUGCCCACACCUUCCGCAUCAAGCCCGAGCACGCCAGCGAGACCUACCCUGAGGGCAAGGACAUCCACGUCAACUGGACCGGCCGUGGUGGCAACGUCUCUGCGUCGACCUACAUUGUUUAAAUCAAACACGCGAUGUAAUACGCUGGACGUGAAGCCUCGCACGGGUCUAGUAGGGGACAGUUGUACUGAGCUCAGGGAGUUUGCAAUUUGCGCCUUCUGAGUGAAGAAUGAUCAUUAUGAAAACAAGAAGCGAAGCAGGAAGCAUACCUAAUUACGCUUCAUAGUACUAUGUAUCUAGAUGCUUACUGUUACGUUAAAAAACGUUUAAAAACGUAUGGAAUGAAAUGAAC